AUGGAAACAUAUAACCAGUCGACGGUGACAGAAUUUGUCCUGCUGCGUCUCUCAGCCCACCUGAAGCUGGAGAAAACGUUCUUCAUGCUCAUUCUGUCCAUGUAUCUGGUGAUCUUGUUGGGCAAUGGGGUCCUCAUCCUGGUCACCAUCUUUGACUCCCACCUGCACACACUGUACUUCUUCCUAGGGAACCUCUCCUUCCUGGACAUCUGCUAUACCACCUCCUCUGUCCUCCUGGUCCUGGAUGGUUUCCUCACUCCCAGGAAAACCAUCUCUUUCUCAGGCUAUGCAGUGCAGAUGUUUCUCUUCUUUGUCAUGGGAGCCACGGAGUGUGUGCUGCUGGGCAUGAUGGCGUUUGAUCGCUAUGUGGCCAUCUGCAACCCCCUGCGCUACCCCGUGGUCAUGCGCAAGGCUGUCUGUGUGCUCAUGGCCGUCAGCUCCUGGGCAGCUGGUGGAGUCAACUCCUUGGUGCAGAUCUCUCUUACGGUACAAUUGCCCUUCUGUGGGGACAAUGUCAUCAACCACUUUGCCUGUGAGAUCCUGGCUGUCCUGAAGCUGUCCUGUGCUGUCAUCUCCAUCAAUGUCAUCAGGAUGGGGGUGGCCAAUGUGAUCUUCCUGGGAGUCCCAGUUCUGCUCAUCUUUCUCUCCUACACCUUUAUCCUCACCACCAUCGUGAAAAUCCCCUCAGCUGAAAGGAGGAAGAAAGCCUUCUCCACCUGCUCUGCCCACCUCACUGUGGUGGUCAUCUUCUAUGGGACCAUCCUGUUCAUGUAUGGGAAGCCCAAGUUGAAGGACCCACUCGGGGUGGACAAGCAAGACCUUACAGACAAGCUCAUCUCCCUCUUCUAUGGGGUGCUGACCCCCAUGCAGAACCCCGUCAUCUACAGCCUGAGGAAUAAGGAUGUUAAGACUGCUGUAAGGGAACUGAUGAGUCCAAAAUGCCUCCCCAAGUGA